UGGAGGAUGGGGGAAGACAAAAUUGUUAUGGAUCUCAAUAGCUGGAGAGAAACGAUAGAUCAUUGUUAACAGUUAUUACUUGUUCAAUUUUCUUUUAUAUGUCAUUUGCUUAAGUUUCUUGCUGGGAGUUUCCAUGCAAGCAUUGAUUCACCUGCAAUCGCGCAACGUUGAUUAUCCGGAUGAAUUUGACAAUGAUGUUGUGAUCAGACCUUUAUCAGACAGUUCUAGAAAGAUUAUUUGAUUGUUCCGUUUAAUAGUCCAUUUAAACCUGAAGUGCUGCUGGGGGAUAUGAGAUCGAUUUGAGCUGCAUUAGUGAAAGUGAUUCACUCUCUUAUGAACUCGUCUGAUCGGAUCAGUGGAGAUGUCUCUGGUAGCGUACGACAGCAGCGACGACAGUGAUCGGGAUGACGCGCCGGGUUCAUCCGCUCGACCAGCGGGGAAGAUCGGGGGACUCUUCGCAUCUCUGCCCGCACCGAAAAGCUCGGAUGUCCGAACAAGCACAGAUCAGACUGCAGCAGACCCUCAGCCUAAAAGAAUGAAUUUGGAUCUUCCCAAAUCCAAGAAGCGCACAGAGCCUGUUAAAAUCACCGUCCCCAAAAUAAGAGCAACAGAUUCUGAUUCUGACGACGAUGCGCCCGUGCGAAAGAAAUCAGCUCCUCAGGGCGGUGGCGGUCUGUCUUCUCUACUUCCCCAGCCUAAGAAUCUGGUUGUGAAGGAAACCCAGCGCCCCCUAGUGCCCCACACCCUAACAAAACGCCCUGGAUCAGGUCCGCCCAAGGGAACCACAGCAAAGUCCCAGGCCCUCUCGGGAACCAGCCCAUCCCCAUCUGCCAUCAAAGCUGCAGCCAAAUCAGCAGCAAUGCAGCUAGCCAGACAAAUAGCAGCUGACGAAGACGGAAGUGAUGAUGAAGUUGCUCCAGAAAACUACUUCUCCCUUCCAGAAAGCUCAUCACAAACUGUGAUGUCACAAAACCCUGAUUCUCAACUGUAUGUUCCUUCUCUACACACUCCGCCCAGUGUGGAGGAUGCUCCAUUGGACUUUGGUUCUUCUAACAAAGAAAGUUACAACAUGUCAGUUGGAGCCAUGCAAGACUAUCAGAAGGGAGAACAUCAAGAUCAAUACCAAGAGAAUCCACUGCCAGAGGCCUGUCCACAGGAUUACUUUGAGGAGGGUUACUAUCAAGAUCCUAAUCCUUUAGAUGUUGAUCCAGAUGAAUCAGGGUCCUCUUCAAUGUUCAAUGAUGAAGCAUUUCGGCGGCUGCAGGGGAAACAGAAUCGUGGGCGAGAAGAGAUCAAGUUCCUAGAGAUCAAAGGAGAUGAUCAGCUGAGUGGCAACAAGCAAUGGAUGACCAAGAACAUGUCAAAAGAGUUGGAGCCACGCAAGUCCUUCAGCAAGAAAAAAGGAGAUCAGCCAACAGGUCAACAAAGACGCAAGCACCAAAUCACAUACCUGAUUCAUCAGGCCAAGGAACGUGAGCUGGAACUGAAGAACAACUGGGCUGACAACAAGCUGACUCGACGACAAACACAAGCCAAGUAUGGAUUUUAGUCGACGUCACUCUGGAUGUCAAGAUACAUUUGGGCAGAUUUUGUCUCAGACUGCAGUUAAUACAGAAAUGUAGUAUCUUGUCACCAGCCUUUUAGUGAUGUUCGUGUUUGUAUUAUUACAGAACGGAGCUAAGGUAUGCAAAACUCUAAUGGCUGCUAUUACAGCAGUAAGAUGACACCCAAAUGUCUACUAAAUAUGAACAUUGUCUUUCCAUUGUUAUGAUGCACUCCAAGUCGUUUGUUACAUGGUUGUAGUUCUGUCAUAGAUAGUCACAUGUAACAUAAUAGUCACAUGAUUUAUGUUAUUGGGGUUGCAUGUUUUACUGCACCAGAACUUUUCUGGGAAGCCUUGUCUUCCACACUUUGGCAGGUAGAAAACAUUAUAGGACAUAACAAAGGAAGUGGAAAAACUGAAACGGGGGAGGGGGAAAUGUAAAUCGUAAAAGUGUUUGAGUAAAUCUUCCAACCUUAGUCUCAUUCUUUUAAAGGAAUAGUUCACCCAAAAAUUAUUUACUUACCCUAAUGCUGUCUAAACUCGUUUGAUUUUUUUCUUCCACAGAACACAAACAAAGGUAUUUUAAUGGAGAUAUGAUGUCUGUUUGUCCAUACAAUGCAAGUCAAUGGGGUCCAAACUUUCAAGUUUAAAGGUAAUCCAUACGGCUCACUGAUCGCAUCGCUUUGGAAGACAUGGUUUAAACCACUGG